AUGAAGAAGGUUUGCGGCUUCACGUUCUCCGGUACGCGAAGCAAAGCCAUCGACUUUGACGCCAAGACAAGUUGGGCCGAGCUCUCCCCGCACACGACUUGGGAUUCCGCCGGCAUGUCCAACGGCUUCAUGAGUUCUGAGCAGCCUGCCUACUCUAGCAGAAGAUCUUCUCCAAGUCUUCCUCACAAGACUUCCCUGCUCAGCUUCAUCAACAUCCUUUUGACUCACAGAGUAGGCUCCAUCUGUUAUUGCAAGAAUGUUCUGAACCUCCAUAUAACCAUCUGUUUCCUCUCCCUUAUCCCCUAUCUUCUCACCAGAAACCUGAGAUACAACUAG